AUGACGGUCCCACAGCCCCAGAUGAAUCACCCAGGCCUUGAUGCCACAUUUCAAGGGAUCCAGAAAACAUCGGACGGUACAUCUGUCAAUCAAUAUCGAGGAAUCAAGUAUGCUGGGAUUCCGGGACGGUUUGAGCGUGCCGUUCCGGUGGAUAGGUUCGAUGGGAAAGUAGUAGACGCAACAAGAUUCGGCCCGAGAUGCCCGCAAGUAGACGUGGAUGUGCGCCACUUACUGCGCAUUCCCGAAGACGUCGAAAUCCCCAAGGAGCCAGAAGAUGAAUUUGAAUGUUUAAAUCUGGAAAUCACCUGUCCACCUGCCGGGUCGACAAGUUAUUCACUUCCUGUCUUCCUAGGUGGCUCACAAGUAGUGACGUUUUGCUCUGCUGCUUCAGGGAUCUGUGACCCAACCAAGCUUGUCGCAGACUCUAUAAAAGCAGGAAAGCCCUUCGUCUUCGUCUCUAUCAACUACAGAGUCAACAUCUUCAGCUUCGGCGACGGCAAAGAGAAGAACCUCGCACUGAAAGACCAACGGCUAGGAAUUGACUGGGUGCGCAAACAUAUCGCGGCAUUUGGAGGUGACCCGAGCAACAUCACACUAGCCGGUGAAAGUGCCGGGGCUGUCUACGUGCACGCGCAUCUACUUACGGGCGUUUCUGUGAAAAGGGCCGUUCUUGCCUCGGGGUCUUUGUACUUGUCCUCGCCGUUACCGGUUGAGCGAGGUGCUGCAAUGAUUAGGACUCUAGAAGAUACGGUGAAAGGCCUGGGAGAAACAUCGCUCAGGGAGGCAUCCGUUUCAAACAUCAUACAUGCAUUGCAAAAAUGCAAUGUUAAUACGAUGUGGAUUCAGGAAGAGCCUGAACUCCAAGAUUGGCAGAGCAAACCGGAGCAGGUCGAGGAGGUUAUGAUCGGGGAUACAGAAUAUGAGUCUGUGAUCUGGAGAAACGGCAUCGAGACUCUCGACGGACCAACCAUCGCCACGGCGUUCGACCAGGACCCUAAAUGGGGCCCACAGCUGCGCAAAGUGUACAACAUCGUUGCAGAUCGUCCGACAGCUUGUAAGUUAGGCGCCUUGGAUUUGGUAAACGAUGUGCGAUACGCUCUCCCGGUGGAAGUGGUUUCGGAAAAGCUACAUGCCGCUGGCAAACGCGUCUACAAAUACGUGAUCGAUCAGCCGAAUCCGUGGCAGGCAUCCAGCCGUUCUCACCAUGCGGUCGACCUUCUUUUCUUGUUCGCAGGGGUGGAUCUAUCGUUCAAUUGUGCCGCGGAGAAUGUUGGUCAAGAGAUGAGAAACCGAUGGAUAUCGUUUGUGAAUGGAAGCGCUCCGUGGUUGCAGGAGCGUAGAUUUGCUUUUGGACCAUUCGGAGAGUGUCAGGAAAUCGAUGAGAGACAAGUUGCUAACCGGAGACGACUGGAACAUGUCCGGGUUCUCAAAGAGGCUGGGAUGGGAGUAUACAUGCCCAUUAUAUUCGCAUUAACGGCAGGGAAGAUCAGCUUGCUAAAUUAG